AAGAACUUCUCUAGUCACACCCUGUCCCCACUGCAGUCUCCCUGUCCCCAAGCUGAUCCUGCCUCAUGGCACCAAUGGCGCUGGCUCUCAUCCUGGGUUGGUGUCUGGUGGCAGCGAUCAGGGCACAGCACUUGCCUCGACCCUCCCUGUCGCUGCACCCCAGCCAGGGGGUGUCCCUGGGGGACACUGUCAGCCUGCGAUGCCACCUGCCCAGGCCGGCUGCCCGGGUCCUGCUCUACCAGAACAAACGUUUGAGAUUCAGCAAGGACAUGCACAAGGAGGAGGACACAGCUGAGUUCUCCUUGGUUAAAGUAAGGCAGGAAGAUGCAAUGAAGUAUCAGUGCCAGUACCGCGUGCUGGAGCCACCAGGGACAUCAGAGAAGAGUGACCCCAUGGAGCUGGUGGUGACAGAUCCCAGGUACCCACCACCUGGCAUUUCCCUGAGCCCUGAGGAACAUGUGGAGAUGGGGGCCAAUGUCACCAUCCAAUGCUGGAACCAAGGUUUGCAUGGCACCAUCUUCCUGCACAAGGAUGAGCACCAGCACCCCAUCCAGCACCAGGACCACAAUACUGGGGGCACAGCCACCUUCACACUCUUUAGAGUGACCACACCUGACUCCGGCACCUAUAGGUGCUCCUACCGCCCUGUGGGCUCCUACUUUCUGUCCUCGCCCCUUGGGGACAAUGUGACAUUGAAGGUGACAAAUGCAACUGCACCCCCAGGUGCUGAGAGGAUGUCCCGUGGGAACCUGGUGGUGGCAGUGGUGAGGGGCUGCGCUGCCGCCCUCGUCUUUGGCCUGGGCCUCUACUUCAUC